UAACCUUGCAUCUCAAUUUGCAAAAGGCAAAAGACACAAAGGUUUACAAACCAUGACUGCUGCAUUUGAGGGGACCCAACAGUUUGUACAGAAAGAUGGGAAAAGUUAGGUGGAGUGAAGGCAUUCUUAGUGAAUUAUGAAGACAAUUUAGUCAUGGACCCAAGUAACGGAGUUGCAGCGACUUCAAUGCUAGAGGAGAUGAUGGAAAUCACUGCUCAAAACCUGGUGAAGAUGGAAGUAGAUGACCAUUACAAAUUCAUCAGGCAACUGGGAAAAGGAAAAUACGGCCAAGUCACUUUAGUAAUUCAUCGGCAAAGAGGAACACCGAUGGCUCUAAAGCUCCUACCAAAGACUUUUACCAAGCGGCAGAAUUUCCUGUAUGAAUACUGUGUCGCUCUCUCCUUGUCAACUCAUCCAAACAUCAUUGGAAUGUUCGGCAUUGCAUUUGAAUCUUCGGAACACUAUGGAUUCUUGUAUGAAGCUGCUCUGCAUCAAGAUCUCAUCUCCAUUAUAAAGCCGAGAGAAGGAGUACCAGAGCCUAUUGCCAAGCUGUAUACCAAUCAGCUAGUCAGCGCACUUGAGUUCAUCCAUAGCAGAGACCUGGUCUACCGAGACGUCAAGCCUGAAAAUGUUCUACUGUUUGGUCCUCAGUGUCAAAGAAUUAAACUAACAGACUUUGGCCUGACGCGUCCCAAAGGCACCUUGCUUAAACUUGUAUCCGGUGUCAUACCUUACACUGCACCAGAAUUAAGCAAUACCCAAAAUGGGGAAGCAGUACCUAUUGAUUUCACAUUAGACGCAUGGGCCUUUGGCGUUCUACUCUUCUGUUUGAUGACCGGAUAUUUCCCAUGGGAGAAGACACUGCCAUGUGACCCUUUCUUUGAAGAUUUCAUUGUCUGGCAAACAACUGGCCGGAAAGAUGAUUUAUCCUGGCACUGGAGGAUACUCACGCCAGAAGCUAUGGAAAUGUUUCGGGAGUUAAUGGCCUUGAAUCCAUCUGAAAGAAGUCCUGUAAACAAGGCUUUAUGGUAUUUGAACUAUCCAUGGAGAGUGGAUAACUGGAAAUCGCUGGGAAAAGUAUAAAAUGAGUGUAAACCUAUGAAAGUGUUCCAAGACAUUUAAAUGUCAGAAAUUAAAUUAGUAGUGAUGCAUAUAUAUAUAUAUAUAUAUAUAUAUAUAUUUCCAACUGAUAAGUGCCCCCAUUUUGGAAAGUGAAGGUACCCCACUUCUUUAUCUGUGUAUACUGCUCCAACCAUGCAACCCUUCGGCUAGGUUAGCUUUUGUUUGGGCUGCAUGUACUGUAGGGUCAUAUCUACCACUUAGUCUCUGAUUCCCUAAUCUUAUGAACUCCUUACAAAAAUUAAUUGUAAAUAAAAGGGAGAAAAUCAGUUAUACCUCAGUAGGGAACACCUUUUGCUGGGAAUGAUUACAGGGCAACGGAAUUGGUGAACGGAAUUUCCAGAGAUAAAAAUAAGGGCAUGUGUACAACAUUUAUGUAAAUGAAUAAAAAUAUUGAGUGUGGCUAGCUAGUAUAAUGAUUCUUAUUAAAUUAUAACUAUGAGUAUUCAAUAUCUCUAUUUCAAUCUUAACUGGAUAGUUUAUAAAGAUAGUGAUAAAAUAUUAUUAUUAAAAUAUUAUUUUCAUAUAAGUGAAAAUCUCUGUAUUAUAACAGUAAUUAUAUGGCUAUUUUACGUAUAUAAUGCUAGUAUUACAGACAUAUAAUUUGCCGGGUCUCCAACUGUUGUGCCCACUGUUGGCAAACCUUUUUUUCUUCUCACCCCCUCUACACAUUUCUCACGUAUUUCCACCUCUUCCCCUUUUCCGUCUUAUCCCAUCAGACUCGCUCUCCCCGUGCCUCUAUCUCCCAACCCUCUUUCCCUUAUGUGUGUCUCCCACUACCUGUCUCUUUCUCCUCAUCCCACCCACUCCCUCAGGGCAGGAUUAAGCCUUGGAGGGUGCCCGGGGCCCGGAGUUGGGGAGCAGCGUAUAUUACAUUGUGCACAACUCCCAACAUGUCCCAUUCCAGGAGAGACAAAAUGCUCUAUACCUGCAUUACCCUCUUAACAUAUGAUUGGCGUCACCUGUGUUGAACUGCUUAAUUGAUAAGAAAGGUGUUUCAACACAGGUGAUUGCAAUCAUAAAUUAAGAAAAUAACGAAGGAAGUAGGUAGAGAGCAUUUUGUCCCGCCUGGAAUGGGUCAUGUUGUGAGUAUGGAUUGUGUAUAUUAAAUUCAAAGCAAUGGUGUAUAUUAGAUUUAAACUAAUAGUUUAAUAAUGCCUGGGUACUGUUUAUAGCGCCACUUAAUUGAGAGACAACAAUCUUAUAAAGUUUUCUUGUAGUGGAACAAAGACAAUUUAAAAACCUUAAAAUACACAUAGAAAAAUAAAAUCUAUAAUUUAUCUUGUCACAUGCAAUAGCAGCAGCCUCUGUACUAUUUACACACUGGGACAGGACUCAGGAGGACUCUCUUUGUGUGUGUGUCUCUCUCUAGACCGAAAUGUUCUCAUUAGAUAACAGGUUACACAGGACCCAGACACCCAGGUGGGGAGGAAAAGAAGCUGGGAUCCUUGGGUCACUUACAGUACUCUCCCCCUUCUAUCUCUCCUCUGGUUGGGAAGCCCUGUUGGUAGCUCAUGAAUCCUGCUACUCCUGUGUCUCUGCCUGCUCUGCAAAGAGGGCCUACUUCAGAACUUCGCAUAGCAGCCGAUCAGGUCUGAACUGCACGUGUGCCGGCGCCGCAGUGCGCUUGGGCAUGCCAGACAGCCGACGGCUGUCUCAGCCCUGCGAUCACCUCUGCCUGAUUGACAGGCAGAGGCGGUCGCUGGGCGGGAGGGGGCUGGCCGGCGGUUUGCCGCCGUUUAGGCGAUGGGUAGCUCCUGCCAGCACGCAGGAGCUGUGCUGGCAGGGAGCUACUUCUAAAAUACGCUGUGCAAUGCUUUUAUACUUGUGUGCAGGGGGGGGGGGGGGCGUAGGGCCUGACAUGCGGGUGGAUUAGCCCUGUGCUGGGCGUCCCUCCGCAUGUCUGUGUGACUGAUCGUAGGUGUGCUAAAUUUAGCACAUCUACAAUCAGGUCUGAAUUAGACCCAUUGUCCUGUUUGCUUUCUGGCUGCCUGGUUCUGCUGCUGCACAAGAGGGAGAGCUAGUGAUGUCAGUGUACUUUGGCCGGGGAGUCCCCUGACAGAGGUGGGGGGGGGGCUGGGGUACAGUAUCCCCUGCACCCCCUCCCCCCAAUCUGGCUGUGCCCUCCCUUCCCAUUUAUCCCUGUCCCCAGGCCCUCUAGUGUCACAUACUUUACCAGAGGGCCAGGAGAUCUGCAUGCAUAGUUAGGGGGCCCCCAGUGUAGGACCAUCUUCCUCCAGCAGGUGGGGAAAGGGGUGAUAUUAUAUUAUAUAGUAUUCACUUGAGAGUUGUUUUGUCCUAAUUUCUAGAAAGUACUUUUAAAUCUAUAUGGACAUUUCCAUAUUCUUACAGUAAUAUUAGGGUAUAUACAAAACAGAUAUACUCUUGUAUACAUAUAUGGCAUUAAUGUUGCCAUGCAGCUGGUACCAUGUACAAUAUGGGUAAAACUGUGCGCUGGCAUAUUUCUUUUCUGUUUUAAUAAUAUUAGGGUAAUUGGAUAAAUGAGUGUGGAAUUGAUACAUACAUAUAAUUGAUUUAUUAUAAACAAAUAGUGAUUGUUUAUUGCAGAUUAGGAAACUUUCAAAAUCUCUGAAUUCUACAAUAUGCUUUUUGUUUCCACAUUCUCAUAAUAGAAUUACCUGAUUUUAUUUAUUUGCACUUAGUACAGCUUCUCAGAUUAGUGGGUAUUUAAUCUACUUGAUUACACAUGUAUAUGUCUCUGACGUCCUAGUGGAUGCUGGGAACUCCGUAAGGACCAUGGGGAAUAGACGGGCUUUGCAGGAGAC